AUGCUCUCUCUCUCUCUCUCUCUCUCUCUCUCUCUCUCUCUCUCACACACACACACACACACACACACACACACACUCUCUCUCUCUCUCACUCUCUCUCUCUCUGUAUUAUCUUUUUAUUGCCAUUCCUUCUCCCCCCCUCUCCCCUCACUCCUCUCUCUCUCUCUCUCUCUCUCUCUCUCUCUCUCACGCAUUAUCUCUGUAUUUUCUGGCGAAGAAUAUUAUUGUGGUGGCAAACCUGCCGACAUUGUGUUUAUACUCGAUGCUUCAGCCAGUAUCUGGGGACCGGACUUCAGAAAACAAACCAAAUUUGUGGAAGAUGUCAUAUCCAUGUUUCAGAUCAGUCCCCAAAUGACACAGGUCGGCAUCGCUACAUACUCAUCAGAUGUUGCCCUAGAAUUCCCUUUAGGUAAAUUCAAAAACAAAGACUCGCUCGUAAGUGCCAUCCGAAAUAUUGUACAUAUGCCAGGCUAUGCGACCAACACAGCACUUGGAAUCGAGUACAUGCGUUACCAAAUGUUUACGCCCGAACAAGGCGCCCGAGAUGAUGUAGUCCGGGUAGGUAUUGUAAUGACAGACGGCAAAUCGACGAGCAUUUUACGGACACUCUAUGAAGCGAACCGGGCUCGGCGUAUUGCUCAUAUCAAUCUCUUUGCAAUUGGCAUCGGAGAUGGUGUCAACAAGAGAGAACUCCGAGGAAUUGCCGGCAACAGGAAUUACGCCUUUACUGUUGACAAUUACUCUGCUCUGGAUUCCAUGAAAGAACUUUUGGCAAUUGAAACCUGUAAAGCUACGGAUCCACCGACCAGAAAGACAACGACACGUAAGAACUUGCUUAAUUUUUUUUUUUUUUAA